GGGAAAGAUUCCUUUUUCACUCUCUUUGGGCCUUAAAUAGAGAGACGGACACAAUGCAAAAGAGGAGAAAGAAAACCUCACAAACAAACACACAAUAAACACAAAAAUUGGUCUUAAACGAGUCUCACUCAGUGGUAAAUACUAAUUUGCAGCAGAGCAACGAUGGCAGCUACUCCUAUGGAAGGCAAAUGGGUUCAGCUUAAACAGAAUGGAACUGGACCUGGAGCAAGAAGCUCACAUGCCAUAGCACUUGUGGGAAACAAAGUGUAUGCCUUUGGCGGCGAGUUCCAACCGCGUGUUCCCGUUGACAACCAUCUAUACGUUUUCGACCUCGAGACUGAGACAUGGUCCAUCCAAGAAGCUACAGGGGACGCUCCUCCUCCUAGAGUAGGCGUAGCCAUGGCUGCAGUUGGACCCAUCAUCUAUUUCUUUGGUGGCCGGGACGCCACUCAUCAGGAGCUCAACGAACUCUACUGUUUCAACACGUCCACCAACCAGUGGAAACUGCUCACUGCAGGGGAAACCGGUCCACAAAACCGAAGCUACCACUCCAUUACCGCGGAUUCUCAGAACGUGUAUGUGUUUGGAGGGUGCGGAGUUGAAGGACGUCUCAACGAUCUAUGGGCUUACAACGUUGUUGAUCAGAAAUGGAUUAAGUUCCCGUCUCCGGGUGAAGCCUGUAAAGGAAGAGGCGGUCCAGGGCUUGCUGUUGUUCAAGGAAAGAUCUGGGUGGUCUACGGAUUUGCAGGAGAAGAAGCUGAUGAUGUUCACUGUUUCGACAUAGCUAAAGGAGAAUGGAAAGAAGUUGAGACAAAAGGCGAGAAACCGUCAGCAAGAAGUGUGUUUUCGUCUGCGGUUGUUGGAAAACAGAUACUGAUAUCUGGAGGGGAGAUCGAUCCGAGUGACUUGGGGCAUAUGGGAGCAGGUUGUUUCACUGGUGACGCAUAUGGCCUUGAUACGGAGACAUUGGAAUGGAGGAAAUGGGAUGAUGGAGUUGGAUCAGAUGAGCAUCCCGGGCCUAGAGGAUGGUGCGCGUUUGCAGCUGGAUCACGGGAUGGUAAGGAAGGUCUGUUGGUUUAUGGUGGGAACUCUCCAAGCAAUGAUAGGCUUGAUGAUAUCUUCUUGUUCACUCCCAACACUAACUAAGUAUGGUUUGGUUUUUCUUUCUGGUGAGAGAGAGGCUGUGUGAAGUUUCUGUUUUUCUCUUUUAAUUUUCCUUUUGGAUUGGAUGAAGUGUGUGUGCAUUUGUUUUAUCUACGUUUUUGUAAUUAAACAAUCGAAAUUUUCAUUAAACAAUAAUAACGGACGAACCAUCCUAUAAGAAA